GAAGGAAUCAACAUCUUCUUGUCAGGAUUCAUUCCUACAGAAAACCCAAGGUUCCGAGAUGAAUCUUUAACUUUUAAGGUUGAGACUCCACAAGAAAGCGGUGAGGAAAUUGAGACAUAUGCACGGUAUAGAUACCCAUCGAUGACUAAAAUGUUGAGAGAGUUCAAGCUUCAAGUUAUAGAGGGUGAAUUUACCAAUUCUCAAAUUAUUGUGAUGUUGGGUGAGAGUGGAUCAGGGAAGACCACAUUUAUGAGAAUGCUGGUUGGUUUGUCGAAACCUGAUUCUGGUGUGGAGAUACCUGAGCUUCAUGUUUCUUACAAAAACCAGAAAAUUAAUCCAAAGCGUGCAACAAAAGUCAAAGACCUGCUUCAUGAAAAAAUUCGUGAUUCCUGUACACUUCCCCAGUUUGUGACAGACGUGAUGAAGCCCCUUCAGAUUGAGCAAUUAAUGGAUCAAGAAAUUACCAAACUCUCUGGUGGAGAGCUGCAAAAGGUUGCUCUAUGUGUAUGCCUUGGAAAGCCUGCAGACAUCAAUCUGAUGGAUGAACCAAGUGCAUAUCUUGAUUCUGAGCAGCGUAUUGUUGCAGCAAAAGUCAUAAAGAGGUUCGUCCUCCACGCUAAGAAAACUGCAUUCGUGGUUGAGCAUGAUUUCAUUAUUGCUAGCUACUUGGCAGACAAAGUUAUUGUCUAUGAAGGAAAGUCAUCAGUUGAUUGUAUUGCAAAUUCUCCGGUCUUUGUUGACUGGGAUGAAUCUCUUCUUAUCUCAACUGGAUAUCACAUUUAGACGUGACCCUACAAACAUUCGCCCAAGAAUCAACAAAUUAAACUCAACCAAGGAUAGGGAGCAAAAGG